CGCAUGCGUAGAACGCGGUGGGAAGGCCGGUAGUAUACGGGAGAGGGGGGAGGAGCCGGAGUCGCGCUGGUUUCCUGGAGGCGUCGUAAACUUGACGGUUUUUAAAUCGCGCUUGGUCGAGAUGGACGCCCGCGCGCGUGCGAAGCGCUACGAGAAGUUGGCCUUCCUGGGCGAAGGGCAGGUAAGCCGGACUCGGCUGAGGGGAGGGGUAACGGCCGGCAGCAGCAGCUUCCGUAGGGCUCCGGUGGAGGCGAAGGAGAGGCACCGCCUGAGGGAGUUUUCAGGGUUAGCCGGGGCGGGAGCUGCGGACGCCCCUCGUUGCUCCCUCCGGAUAACGGCGUCGCCUUCAAUGCCUCCCAGUUAAGCCGUCACCUGCGCAGAGUUCACCUUUUUUGAGAUCGACGACACGCAAACUUUCGCUCUUUGAUAAUAAUAAAACAGUAUUUCCACCCCAACCCCACUUGCCCUUCGCCAUAAAGGCCCCAGAGGACAGUGAUGCAGUUAAAAAUACUGUAGUGAAACCGAUGUCUAACGCAGCGCCCAAAAUACAGCUUAAAUAGGAAAAUAAAGGUCUCGGCUAUCAAAGGCCAGGUGCAGUUUCAGCAUAAAAUGAAAGGUGCAUUAAGCACCUCUGCAGAGGGGAGGAAAUUCCACAGUUUGGGGGCAGUCACGGAGAAUCCCCUCUCCAGGGCUGCAAAAAAGCUUGAGAGCAGAGAAACUAUGAAAAGCCGCCCCCUCUCCCUCUUAAUAUAUAAAGUUGCAAGUCUUAACUCCACUUACCUGGGAAUAAGCCCCAUUUAAUUCAAGAGGGGUUACUUGUGAGUAUGUGAUGUGGGUGGCGCUGUGGGUUAAACCACAGAGCCUAGGACUUGCCGAUCAGAAGGUCGGCGGUUCAAAUCCCCGCGACGGGGUGAGCUCCCGUCGCUUGGACCCUGCUCCUGCCCACCUAGCAGUUCGAAAGCACGUCAAAGUGCAAGUAGAUAAAUAGGUACCGCUCCGGUGGGAAGGUAAACGGCGUUUCCGUGCGCUGCUCUGGUUCGCCAGAAGCGGCUUAGUCAUGCUGGCCACAUGACCCAGAAGCUGUACGCCGGCUCCCUUGGCCAAUAAAGCGAGAUGAGCGCCACAACCCCAGAGUCGAUCACGACUGGACCUAAUGGUCAGGGGUCCCUUUACCUUUAACUUUACUUGUGAGUAUACAUGGCUAGGGUAGUGCCAUAGGUGUAUUUGUGUUAUAGGUUGUAGAAAGCAUCUGUAGAUAGGCAGUAGGCAUCUUUUUUAGAUACUUGAAGGUUGUUUGCUCAUUCCAGUUUCCCAGGUUUGUAUUUCAGAAACCUAAAGCACCUGCUUGACUGGAGACAGCACUCAUUCGAAAGAAAAAUAUCUGUUCCACGAGAAGCCUCUGUCAAAGCAUUUUCAAUGUGGGGGUCAAUGGCUUAGCACCUAGAAAUAUUGGCUGUUCACAAAAAAAUAAAGGAAUGGGUAGUUGACUGACUGCUCCCAAAAUUGACUUUGAUCUGUACUUUGAUGUCAUGAAGGCUUAGGGCAGCAGCAAAACGACCUGUUAAAAAGAACCUGCUAGGUAUGUUUGUGUAAGCAGUUUGUUGCUCUGAUCAAAUCUACUUACAGCCAGACCUUUUUCUCAUCCAGCUUUGGACAGAGAAAAGUGUUUUCCUAGCCACCCAAUUGUUAUCCAGUGGUCAAACCUGACUUACAACGGAGAAUAAAUUUUCAUACUUUAGCCAGAAAAUAGCAUAUGUCUGCUGUAUUACUGAUAUCUCUGUUUAAGGCUGUUGCUUGACCAUCUGGUUAGUAAACUUUUCCAAAAUGGAGUUUGAAGGUUGGUGACUAGAGAAACAGUGGACUAGAGAAACAGCAUUUUGCAGCUAGCUGGAGCGAGAAGGUAAUGAUGGGGAGAGAGACUCAAAAGUAGUGUCUGGUUUUUUUGGGGGGUGCUGAUGUUACAGGCUGCUGGAGCUGGCUGUCUAGGUCCUGCCUGCUGCUCUAUAUACAAAAUUAUAUUUGAAAUUAAAUUGGGACAUCAAACCCUGUAGUACAGCCACUGAACUUCCUUCUUAAUAGGGAUAUAACAAUGUAAUGCUUUCCUGCUUCGUAGAAAGCCUUCCAGUAUACGACAUGUUCAUUAUGUGGGUAGAUUGUCAUAUGUGACAUUCUUACAUAUGGAAUUCUCACAUUUAUGUACUUUGAGGUUUAUACUGAUGUUUGAAACAGCUUUGAUGGGGAUUGGACCAGAUGACCCUUGUGGUCCUUCCAAAUCUAGAAUUCUAGGAUUCUGUAAUUAUGCUGUAUCUCUGGAAGUUUAUCAAUUACCGGUAAUUUCCCUUAAUUGCUAGGACAUUAGAGGAAAGACAUAGCAUUUAAUGAGUUAAAGGUGUUCAACUUCAUUUAACAUUUUUACUGUUUUUAUUGUGAUCAUUUGUAUUUAUUAUAGCACACCUCAAGAUAUUUUAUAGAAAAGAAGACUAAAUACUUUCUAAACAAAAACAAGGGUGCCGCAAUAUAAUUAGAAAACUGAUUUUUAAGAUGUGCUCUUUUUCUCUUUAGUUUGCUACAGUUUAUAAAGCGAGAGACAAGAAUACAAAUCAAAUUGUUGCUAUUAAAAAGGUGAGUUAGCUUUAUUAACCUGACAGCAUACCCAAACCAUGAUUUGUGCUGACCAUAACUUGGAAUCCUAGCCACAUUGAUGAGAUUUUUAUUUAUUUAUUAAGCAACUCAUAAAUUGUUCAUUGAUAUAUUCAGUUGCAUUAACCAGGGCUGGUCUGCCCAUGAGGCUAACUGAGGCAGCCACCACAGGCAGUGGAAUCCUAAGCAGUAAUGUCCCUGCAGGUGCUUCGCUUACCCCUGCUGCCACUGGAGAAACAAGAAGGUGCAGCAGCAGCUUCCAGUGAAAUCUCACAAAAUUAUUGUGAGCUCUUGUUGCCACUGCUUCUCUUCACCACUCCAGGUAGUGGUGGGCAGCCUGCCUACUGCCACUGGAGAAGUAAGGAGAAACAGCUUCAGCUUCUGGGUUCUGACCAUGCAUUUUGUCUGACCAUGUUUUAUGUAAUUGUGCAGAGCUUUAGUAACCUAGAGCAAGUAAAAGCUGCAGUCUAAGCACACUUAAAUAAACCUCUCCAGAAAUUACUUCCAAGUAAAAAUACAUAGUCUGAGCUGUCAGUCAGUUUAGAUACUUAUAGAACAAUAGACUGUAGCCUUUGCCCUGCCUUUGGCAAUGAGAAAUAUUGUCUUAAUUAAACCAUUUUCUUAUUUUAGAUCAAACUUGGGCAUAGAUCAGAAGCUAAAGAUGGUAAGUUUUUGAAAUACACAUAUAUAAAUGAACUAUUUUGUAUAUGCUAGAAUAUUGCUACCAUGGGACGCGGGUGGCGCUGUGGGUAAAACCUCAGUGCCUAGGGCUUGCCUAUCGCAUGGUCGGCGGUUCGAAUCCCCGCGGCGGGGUGAGCUCCCAUCUUUCGGUCCCAGCUCCUGCCCAUCUAGCAGUUCGAAAGCACGCUUAAGUGCAAGUAGAUAAAUAGGUACCGCUUUAUAGCGGGAAGGUAAACAGCGUUUCUGUGUGCUGCGCUGGUGCUGGCUCGCCAGAGCAGCUUCGUCACGCUGGCCACGUGACCCGGAAGUGUCUCUGGACAGCGCUGGCCCCCGGCCUCUUAAGUGAGAUGGGCGCACAACCCUAGAGUCGGACACGACUGGCCCGUACGGGCAGGGGUACCUUUACCUUUAUUGCUACCAUGCUGGUAAAUGACUUGCUGUUCUUUUCAAUUUUGAGUGGAAGAGAUAACAAAUGAGACCCAUGUAAUUCUUUGUUUUGAAGUAGACCAGUGGCAUAAUAUCCAUACUCCACUGGUCCUUUGGUGAUUUAGAUAGAAAACAUUCACAUUUUUCCCUUUAGUGUUCUUGUUUUAUUUUUAUCCGUGGACAUAAUUUUAAGCAGUGACAUGAUUUUUCUAGAAAAUUUUGAAUUGAAAAAAAUUCUGAUAUCCUAGUGAGUGAUCUAAUUUAACAUGCUUAUUUUACCUGUUAGUCAACAGAUAUAAAGAAAAAGAAGAAAAACUGCCAAGCUUGCCUAAUACUACAUUUGUAAUUGGCAUCUGUUCAUUGUUUCUAAUGAACUUAUGAAGUGGAAUUUUUUCAACGUAAAAUUAAAGCCCUGGAAAUUUUCCUGUUCUGUAUCACUGAUUUCAAGUAGAAUGUACUUCUUUAUGUGAAUUGUGCAUUCCAUCAGUUAAGCAAGCUUAUAUUCAGUUUAAUUUAUUAUUUAUAUUCUGUCCUUUUAUUAAAAUAACAACUAAAGUAGUUUACAAUUAAAAUAUUUAGUUAUUUGUUUAAUUUAUAGUUUAUCCUUCCUCCCAAGAGAGCCCAGUAUAGUAAAAUAGUACAUCAUUACAAGAACAGAGUAACCUCAAUAUAAAAUAUCAUUUGUAAAAACUUUUAGAUACCAGUGCUAAGAUUUCAUGUAGGGCAUCUUGGAAACAUGUUACUGUUUAAAAGCUAGCCUAUUUUUUUAAGUGUUUACAGUCAUUUGAUAAACAAGAAGAGAAUGGCAAUGCCAAGAGAUAGUUCCACAGUCACAGCACUACUGCUGAAAAGGCCCUUUCUCUUCUUCACAUCCACCUGAUUUCAUGUAUGGAUGGAGCAGAAAGUGGUUUCCAGGAGUUAUUUCAGAGGCUGGACAGUUUCACAUGUGAGCAGGCGAGUUCUAAAAUAACCUGGUACCAAGCUGUUUAGAACUUCCAUGGUGACUACCAGCACUUUAAAUUGAGCCUGUAAGUAAAUGUUGAAAUGAAAUAAGAUUGGAACAUGACUACAAUCUCCACAUGGCAGACAGUAGUCUAGCAGCAGCAUUCUACACUAGUCCAAGUCUCUAGACAUUGUUUAAAGGCAGCCCCAUGUAGAGAACAUUGAAGUAGUCCUGCCUAGUAGUAAGUAGGGCAUCGAUAACAGAAGCUUAGUUCCAUCUUUUCAGGAAGAGUUGCAUCUGGCAAAUCAACUGCUUCUAGCAAGGCAGUCCUCUUCAUUCCUACCACCUGCAUAUCCAAGGAAAUCAAGGGACCAAGGCAUACCCCAACCCACACAUUGGAAAACAAUCUCUUUAGACAUACUAAACUGUUAGAGCACACUAAAUUGUUUGGGUGAUGCUGGGCAACAUAGUGAAGAACAGUGACUAAAAUACCUUGGACCUGAUCCAGUGUAAGUUCUUGCUUAUCUAUUGUUGAAGCAAGAAAGAUGUGAAUUAGCUCUCCUUUUGCCCAUGCCAUUGCUUUCCUCCCUAGUAUAGAAACACUGACAUUUGAGGGAAAGUUUUAUGACAUCUGAAAAAGUACCUCUAUCUAGUUUUAGCUACAACAAACUGAGCGUCGUCUUCAUUCAGGAUGUGAGGGAAUGGGAAUUACAUUGAUCUGAAAUACUUUCAUUGCCUAGAAUAUUUGAAGUUGUGUUCUGCAGCUUGAUUCUUAUCAGAAAUAUUCACCAAUUUGAAAUAAAAUAGUAGCAGUCUCUUGUCCACAAAAUGUUAUGCUCAGUCUUCAUGAACAUUAUUCCCAGAGUACAGAGACCUGCUCACCUGAACUAGGUGACUUCAGGAUUUGAAUCUCUAACCUCAUAGGCAUAAAACUAGCAGGUAUGUGGCGUAAAUAAUUGUGGCAAAAGUACCAAUCCCUGUUCCCUCUCACCCAGGAUUACUUUGAGCCACUAGUACCACCAAAUUCAUACACUGCUGAGGGUGUACAGUUCUAUUGUUUUCGUCAUGAUUCUUAUUUCAAUUCAGGUAUAAACAGAACAGCCCUUAGAGAAAUAAAGCUACUGCAGGAGCUUAGCCAUCCAAAUAUUAUAGGGGUAAGUACAAAGUGCUGCUUGAAAGGAAUAUUUCUGUAUUAACAAUAUUUAAAUACUAUCCAAUAACAAAGUCCUCUGGUUGGUUUAUAAUAACAGUGAAACAAAACAAUAACUAAUAAAAGUGAAGCAGAGAAUAAAAUCAGUAUAACAAACUCUCAGCAACACCCAGAUAUGAUACAUACAUAGAUGAGAGUUUAAAGGGCCUUGGAAAAGAAGUGUUUAAAUUUGAGGCCCUCUUUAUACCUGAGACCCAGGUCAAAUUCCCCUUCGAACUUCCCUCUGAUUGGCCAUGCCUAAAAGUGAAGACUCAUAAACUAUCCUUUUUCCAGGCAUUAGGAGUUUCUGUUGCUAUGCAAGACAACACAAAAAUGUGCCAGAUUCAAGAAGUACUGAAAACUGGCUGCAAGGGAAGAGUCAGGAGCACACUUCUGAUUUUUCUUCCUUUUCAGGAUUGGGUUGAAGUUUCAAGACAUGGCUUGAACUUUUCUGAGCAUGGUAUCAUAGGACUUCAGGCCUGGAAAAGAUGGGUGUGGUUUGCCCCAAAACAGCCUGGCAGGCCUAGUUAAGGAAAUUAAAAGGGUGGCGAGACUCAGUCACUCUGCAUUGCCUGGAGUGCUGUAAGCCUGCCAGGGCACAUUAGAGAGGAUACCUUGACCAGUGUGCACACACACAUUGGAUUAAGGACAUACUAUCACAUCAAUAAUUUGAGUGUAUUUCUCUUCCAGCUUCUUGAUGCAUUUGGACACAAAUCUAACAUUAGUCUAGUAUUUGAUUUUAUGGAAACUGAUCUAGAGGUAAGAUUGCCAUUAACUGGCUACUGACUUAAUUUUGUGGCCGAUGAAUAAGCUUUUGCUUUGUUUAUAUAUUGAAACCAAAAGUCCUGGGGGAAAGUUAUAAGAGUUGGAGAAGAGACAUGGAGGAAGGGGGUGGUAGAGGAGAACAACAGAGAAGGCAGAACAGUAUGCCUCUUCUUUGCAUCUGUUUUUAGACUGUAAGCCCCUUGGGGUUGGGAUCAUCUCUCAUUCUUUCCAAAGAGUUGUGCAGAUAGGUGGCGCUGUAUCAAUACUUUUUAACAUAAGCAGAAUAACAGGUUUUAUGCAUAAAUAACUCAUGGUAGGUUUUGUGUAUCUGCUAGAGAAAGCAGGCAUACACACAUUUUCAGCAGCUAAAGAGUAAUACAGACUUCAUUUGAAGGGAAAUAAUUGUAAUUGCUUAGGAUGCCGCCCACUUAAAGGAAUUCUCAUUACUAGUGAGAAAACAUAAGAAUAUUAGAUACAAAGUUCACAGAGAAUUUGGACAAUUUGGUCAGAGUUCAGAACAGGAAGUUGCUGUAAUCAAUAUUUUAUUUAUAUAGGUCUAACAAUGUAGAUAGUGAAAAUACUGAAAGUGAGGGCAUUACCAAUUAUGAUAAUCAAUUCUAUAGCAUUUCUGGGUCAGAGAGAGUGAUUUAUCUAAGGCUUGCUAGUUGAUGUUUUGUUAUUGGGGACAUUGUGUACCCCAACAGAUAUAUCUGUGUAAUUUUUCUGGUGUUUUUUUAAAGUAUUAAGCUUCUGCAAUUUGUAAAAUGCAAUAUAUUUUUUACAGGUUAUAAUAAAGGAUACUAGUCUUGUGUUGACACCUUCUCACAUCAAAGCAUACAUGCUGAUGACACUUCAAGGUUUAGAAUAUUUACAUGAACACUGGAUCCUUCAUAGGGUAAGGAACUCUAGGAACAAAAAGAACAGCCUUUAAGACAAUGAGAAAUGGCUCCCAUUAAGGUGUUUGAGAUGGAAAUGUGAUUCUCCAUGUAAAUUAUCUCAGUCUUAACAUCAACAACAACAAAAUGUUUCUUGGUCUCUUUUUAAUGCCCCAGAAUCUGAGGUUUCAAACUGGUAUAUAAAAAAAGACAGAAUUAAAUAGUUGGGAUAUUUUAUCUUUUAAUAGUUAUCGGCAAUUUGCGUGCAACAUUUUUAAAAAAAUGAAUCCAACUUCCAAAGCCCUGCUGAUUCUCAGAGGCACAAAUGGAUGUAAAUGGCAUAGUCUAAUUUACUAUAGUUUGAUCAGCUAUUGUAGUUUCUAUCUAGUGCCUCAGUUCUAUGCAAUCCUAUUGUCACUGCUUUCAGAAGCAUAUUUCUGGUUAAGGUGAACCUUUGAUCACAAAGCAAAAUAUUUAAGUAUUCUCAGCGAUUGCAUAUUCAUGUGUUUCCCCUUUAAGGAUCUUAAACCAAAUAACCUGUUGCUAGAUGAAAAUGGAGUUUUGAAACUGGCUGACUUUGGUUUGGCAAAAUCUUUUGGAAGUCCUAACAGAGUUUACACACACCAAGUAGUAACAAGGUAAGAGAGAGAUCCCUCAAGGAACACAUCUGGCCUAUUGGUAUGACAGUUUCAUCUGCUUGCCCAAUCACUAUGUGUACAUGAAGAUAGGAACUUGAAUAAGACUGCCAGUGUGUUGCAGAGUUUGGAGUAUCAUAUGAGGACUGGAAUACCCUGGUUCAAAAACCACACUCUGUGUCAUGAAGCUCAGUUAUUCUAGGCCCAGGGGUCAGCAAACUUUUUCAGCAGGGGGCCAGUCCACUGUCCCUCAGACCUUGUGGGGAGCCGGACUAUAUUUUUGGGGGGGGGGGGGAUGAACAAAUUCCUAUGCACCACAAAUAACCCAGAGAUGCAUUUCUUACACAUUCUACUCAUGUAAAAAAAAACGCUGAUUCCUGGACCGUCCGCGGGCCAGAUUUAGAAUGCGAUUAGGCCGGAUCCGGCCCCCAGGCCUUAGUUUGCCUACCCAUGUUUAGGCCAGCAAGAUAGGUUAAGUAAUCCUACCUAACCUAUCUCACAGGUGUGUUGUGAGGACAAAGUGGGGAGGGCCAUGUACAGCCCCUUCAAAUAUUAAUUGCAUCCACUUUUGAAUGCCAGUAAAUUGUGCAGUACUAACUUAAACACCUAUUUUGUCACCUUUGUUGGAGAGAAAAAAGAUUAGAUUUGCACCAUUUUCUUACAGAAAGAACAAGAUAAGAUGUAAAUCUUUAGGCACAAAAUAGCUGAGUGUUUGUACUGAAGGUACUGUGCACUUCUCAUAAAUGGAGGAGGGAAUGCAGCAUGUCUUAAUUUGUUUUUCAGGUGGUAUCGAGCUCCUGAGCUACUGUUUGGUGCUAGAAUGUAUGGUGUAGGCGUGGAUAUGUGGGCAGUGGGCUGCAUAUUGGCUGAAUUGCUUCUAAGGGUAAGCUCUCAGUACAGCUGUCAAAUGAAAUUUUCUUCUGCUCUUGCGCAAAUGGUUUAUCUUCUGGCACGUUUACAUGUGGGAGGAGUGCUGGAAAUGCAAUCUUUGUUCUGGGAACCCUCAUGUUUGCUUUAAACUGAUCCAAUGCCAUUUGCUUACCAGAAAAGUUCAAAGAUUUUAGGGCUGAAUUUCUUUUUUGUAGGAGUUCAGAACAAACCAAUCUUGAAGCCACUGUAUUCAUCUUUCUAUAGGUUCCGUUUUUGCCAGGAGACUCUGACCUGGAUCAACUCACAAAGAUAUUUGAAACCUUGGGUACUCCAACAGAGGAGCAGUGGCCUGUAAGUUUUUGAGUUAACUACCUUGUAACAAAAGCUGGCAGGGAGAAUUGAUGGAAACUUGAUUGUUUUGACUUGCUUGCCUGUUUGACUACCUUUAUACUUAAUGUGUGUUUACAGGUGAGAGGACCAUUAAUGACUUUUAACUAUUCAUUAUGUGGGUGCUGACUUCUCUGUGCUAUAUUUCUUUCUCUCCCCCCCCCCCUCAAUAGGGUAUGACCAAUCUUCCAGAUUAUGUGACUUUUAAAAGUUUCCCUGGAAUGCCACUUCAUCACAUCUUCAGUGCUGCUGGUGAUGAUUUGCUAGAACUGCUGCAAGGCUUAUUUACAUUUAAUCCUUCUACUAGGGUCACAGCUACUCAGGUAUUUAAAUUUAAAUUUCCACCCAUUAGCUUAAAACUGUUACUGUCAGUAUUUAGUAAAAAUAAGUUCUGCAUAAGUCUCAAGCAGAAUUGCUUUAUUUAAUGGAGUGUAUAGUUCUUCCAGGGGCACCUCCACAGAUUUUUAUUGUGAUAUUUUAGCAGUGAGUUCCUAAACAGGUUUGUAUCUAGACAACCAUUUCAGCUCUGUUUCUGAUGUCAACUGAUCUUUCAAUUUGUGUUCUGAUACCUGCUUCAUGAAGUAGAAAAAUGGAUUACAGCAUUUGAGAUGAAAAAUGCACCUGUCAGAGGACUGCUCUGAAAGUCUGAAUUCAGACAGGGAUGCUCACCAAAUAGCUUUACCCAGUUUGAGGGGAAGAGAAGAGCCACCCUUGGCAUUUGACCAGUGCCACCAAUCCCAUUGCUCUUGUAACAGACUAACCAAAGCAACUGAGCAGUAAAAAGGGGAAGAGAGAGUGAGCUGGGCCUGAAUAUUUUGGUUGGGGGCAAGAAGCAGCAGCCUGUUUGACCUGUCAAUAUUUAGUGGCCAAGAAGUAUUUCCUUUUUUAAAAAAACUUCUUUUUAUUAAAGAUUUUCUUGGGUUACAAAAGUAUAUACAGCGUUUCUGCUUUCAGUUCAUAAAGUUCUUUCUAACAGGUCAUUUCUAUUCAAUGUGAGACGCUAAUGUAAUAGUAUAAAGUUGGAGGAGAAGAGAGGUGGAGGAAAGUUGUUCCCUAUGGGUCAGACAGCAAGCAAAAAAAGAGGAACAGGGUGCCAAGCCAACAACUUCACCACUUGUGAAGCUGAGGCCCACAAUGAGAACCAAUAUGUCAAUUGGCCCAGGGUGUCUGCGGCAGAAUGCACAUCUUCCACAGCAGUCUUAUCAUUCUAGUUGUCUGAACCUAUUCAAGUUUACUUCAUAGUAAAUUAAGUGGGACUUAAUUCCAAGUACAAAGUUUUGCAACUUGGGGAGGCAUGUAUUUUGAGCUCUUUGUUGCUUUUUAAAAACUCUUCCUGAAACAAAGGGCUGAAGCAGCCCUCUUUCCUGAGCCACGGAUUAAGAGCUGCAUAUGAGAAAUGUGUUUCUAAUUGCUUGUACCUUUUUAUUAUUUGAACCUGUAAUUAUUCAUUGUGGAUGUUCCUUCUGGUCUUAAUUUCCCUGGUUACUUAAUUGCAAGUGUUUCUUGGUACAGACCAGUGAUGUGGAAACUUGUUCAGUACUACAAGCCACAUCAAAAAGCAAAGUAAGACUUUUUAGUUGUGCAUAAUUACCAUAACUUGGCUAUAAUUUGAAGGCAAAGCACAGCAAAGCAAAAGAUGGUGAUCUUAUUACAUUUAUGUUACAGUCUACUGCAUAUCCCAUAAAGUUAAUCCUUGAAUAUUUUUUGCUGCAGUUCAAAAGCUGUUUGCAAACACAAAUAUUAAUUGGGAAACCAUGGGAAGAGAGGGAAGUAGCUGGAUGAGAUGUCAGGACUGCAGAAUUUUUAUUCAGAAUGUACAUGCAAUCCAUAUGUUCUAGUGCUAUACAAUUUGCUUCAUCCAAAAGGAGUUUAUUUAAGCAUUAACUACACUAUAAAAAUGUGUUUUGCCUAGAUGCAAUACACGGAAUUAUUUGAGGAAAAAUAUAGGUUCCAGUCAGAUACAAACCAUGCAAAUAUUGAUUAUAUUAUAGGAGAAAGUUCACAACUGAAAAACAUUAAGCCCAGGGCUAUGUGUACUCCACUCUGGGGUAGGGAAAUUGAGAAAUUGCAUAUGCAAUCUAAAUUAUGUGCCAAAAAACUAAAUUAUACAACUUGAGCCAUUUUGCAUUUGCUAUUUUGCAUAAUUCUAGUUUGAGAGAGAGGUCAGUGAAUUUCUGCUUUCAACCACUGUAUAUCUUAUUCAGCAUUCCUCUGACUUUCAGCAUGUAUUGCUUUCAAAAAUAAUCAGAAUGAUAGUAUAUGCACAGCCCUGGUUGUGCCCACAUUUAAGAAAAAGUGUCCUUUGUAAGAACACAACACACACAUGCACACAGAAUCUUGCAGGGGGAAACCUGCACAGAACUGAUAUUGUGAGGAACCAUAGACAGCCUCAAUGACCAUAGACGCUAUCCAUCACCACCACCCCUGCCACCCCUCACACUCUUUUCCCCCCACCACACAAAAUAUUACUAAUUAGCCAAGAAAGCUACAUAUUAUAAACUUAAGUACAGAUCUUAUAGAAAUAGUGUCCUUUCUAAAUACAGUAGUGUCAUUUUUUAUUAUUAUCUCAUUCUGUUCUCUUGAAGGCACUAAAACAGAAGUAUUUUAGCAAUCGGCCAGCCCCAACACCUGGAAGCCAGUUGCCAAGACCCAAUUGCCCUGCAGAAGUCUUGAAAGAGCAACAAAACCCAGCUCCAAAUUUGAAAAGGAAAAGACUGGAUGGAAUAGAUCAAGGUAGCAACAUUUUUAAAUAGUCUCUUCCAAUGUUAAGUGUAGAAUUUAAACACUUAUCAUAUGUCCAGAUAUGAUUUCUCACUAUAUCCUUUCCUUUGCCUGCUAAAAACAUUUUUAGUCAUGCCUACCCAGAAAAGCUGGUGUGAAUUUUAAUAUUUUUAAAGUAUUUUAAUUUCUUGUAUGUUGUAAAGUAUUGGUCCCCCCACCCGAUUUUAUGAUUCUAUCUUUUGUGUACUACUUUGAGGUUUUUUACAGUCAAGUGAUCUAUAAAAUUUAUAUUUAUUUAUUUCACAAUGUAACAUUUAAUUUGCUAGCCUGGGCCUAGAAACACUGGCCUAGAACAUCAGUGUGCAUACCCUAGCUGACUUAAGCCAUUCUAACCAAAGGGUUGCAAUGUUGUAGGGUUGCUCACACCAACUUUUGCACUUAAUAUUGCAAUAAUAUUUCGGGGGAUGGGAGUGUGACUAGCUUAUCAUUAUGAGAUCAGGAGCGUUUCUCAGUCUUGCAUUCUUUCACUUCAUUUUGAUACAGAUUUUCUUUAUUUUUUAUUUUUUCCCUUUGAAACUAACUAUGGUUUAAUGUUAGUACGCAUGUAACACUAACAACUGUUGGUUCCCCAAAGGGAGAGAAUGUGUUUAUGAUAUGCCAAGCAUGAUUUAGAAGAUCAGGUGUUUUUACAUCUGCUUGAGAUGCAACAAUUGUUCUGCCGUUGUAAGCAGGGAAGUCUAGGCUUGGCAAAUCCUUGUGCAGUGCACCUAACAUGGGCAGGUGUCUAAGUGGAGGACGUCAGCUAUGCUAUUUUCAAAUUAGACUUUUUGGUGAAUGAUGCUUCAAGAACCUGGCAAAAGCCCAGAGAUUCUUCCUUAUCUGUCCCAGUCCCAAAACCUAUAACCUUUGCUGGCAGAUGGUUACAGAACUGAGAAGAGCAGAGAAGUAUCAUGGACAGGAAGCAGACUGUAUUGGAGACACAGUAGGGCCACUGGAGACACAGCUAGCUUGAUUUUGUACUUGCUGAAGCAGUAUUCUUUCUCUACCCACCCACAGUUGAAAUGGAAAUGGACAGUAGAGUUUGUUCUCCAUAUGCUAGCCCACAUUUUGACACUAAUUAAAACUAUGUAAAAGUUUGAAAUAGGUUAGGCACAAGCAAUCUUACUAUUGCUGUAAGACAUAAGAAAAAGACAAACUGAUGUGCAUUAAACCUACCUCUCUCUUCCCAGGGUUACCCAAAAAAUUGGUGUUUUGACUACUGUGGAAACAGGGAUAUUGAAUAUUUCUGCUGCUAUGAAGUCUGAAAAGAUCAAAUAAUGUGAAAACUCAAAAGUCACAAUAUGGAUUAAAGCGUAAUUUGUAAAUGUAAACAUGUAAAAUGUGUGUAGUGUUAAACUCUAAAAACCAUGUAUUUUUAUUGCUUUGCUUUUUUAAAAAAUAAAAAAGUUAAAGACUC